AUGCCCAAGAACGCGCACUACUUCUACACCAUUCUGUCCUUCAUGGGCGUCCGCUGCAAGCUCCUCACCAGCAAGCAGACUCCUCGAGACCGCGGUCGUACAAUCAAUGAGUUCAACGACAAGGACACUUUCGACACUGAAGAGCAAGUCGUCAUCCGCUACGUCCAAGAAGACAGCUUCACUGCGGAAUACGAAGUCACGAUCUACCGCAAGCAGGAUGUAAACAUCGCGUCUAUGGGUGGCUGUAUCCGGGUGGAGGAGCUGCAGAGAGCGGGUGAGAUUGGGCUCAAAGACGAGGACGCUUCGUUGGUCGGCUCGUUAAUGGGCGCCACACCCUAUGGCAAGGGCCCUGCCAGAUCGCGUUCGCUUGCAGAUGGUGAUCGCGGGCCUGGGACUCUCAGGGAGGCGGAGAAGGAGGAGGCGAAGAGGCGUCUGGAGCGCGAGGCGUUGGAUAACGGCGAAGAAAUGGAAAUAGACUGAGUGGGCAGGGUCGCAGAGAUUAUGUAGGGCUGACAGAGUGUCAAACUACUUCCCCCAUCGAUCCUUAGCAGGUGGUUGCUUCUCAGCCCCGUCUUCAAACAUGUACGCGUUGUUAAAGACGGAUCUUGCCCUGAAUUGAAUGGCCCAAGAGGAUGAGGCACGGCGCGCCAGCAGAUUGCGUUCACCACGAGUGCUCCUCCACAUGAAUCUCCAAGGGCGCCAUUGUGCUAUCACUCACCGCCACCAAGAUCCCUCAAAUUCAACAGCAGUCUCGCUCCCCGAGGACUGGCGCUGAAUACAUCAUACAUCUCCAUUUGUUUGGGGGUCAUCGAGCCAUCCACCUCUGCAUCGAAGCGAAGGAAGAAGGCAGACGCCGUCUUGCUGAUCUCCA